CGGUAUAGUCCGCGGUCACACUGCUGAGCACAUGUUUUUGUUUUGUUCCGUAACGUAAAUAACUUGCAAUGUUGGCGCCAAUUAAGCAUUUAUUAAGCAAUUAUCGUGUUGUCCUGGCAAGUGGCUCGCCUCGUCGCCAGGAGAUGGUCAAAAUACUGGGCCUCAAUGCAGAGCUUUGCCCCUCCACCUUCGAGGAGAACCUGAAUAUGGCAGACUACAAGGAAUUCUCGGAAUACAUAGGGGCCACAGCCUUGGGAAAAGCGGAGGAGGUCUUCACGCGUCUGAGCGCACAGGGGGACAAUAAAAAUCUCAUUGUAAUAGCAGCAGACACCAUGGUGACGCUGGGUGAGGAGGUCUACGGCAAGCCAAAGAAUGCAGAGGAUGCCGUGCGCAUGUUAAAGAACCUGUCUGGAGCUUGCAAUCGAGUGUUCAGCGGCGUUGUGCUCAAGCACGCCGGAGGAGUGCGCAAAUUCACGGACACGGCAGACGUUUAUUUUAGCCAGUUGCUGCCAGAACAGAUACAGAGCUAUGUGGACUCCGGGGAUCCACUGGACAAAGCCGGCGCUUAUGGAAUUCAGGGACCUGGUGGCGCCAUGAUAGAACGCAUCGAUGGCGACUUUUACUGUGUGCUGGGACUGCCGCUGAAUCGUUUCUGCCGUGAGCUGAACAAGCUAUUUCAGGAGGAUCUCUCGUCAUAGCCAACACACGUCAGAGGCUACAAAAUGUUUCGUUGAUUUUAAUCUAAACUCUGAUAAGAGGCUACGCCGGCGUUGGUUUGUUUGCCCAUGGCGCAAGUCAAUUAAAUUAUAAAAAAAACAAUAGCAAUGAGCGAAAUAGUCAAAUGAAAAGAGAGGCAGAGGCACAGUGGUGCUAGUUGGCCCCUAAAGUUAACUUAAUUUAUAUCAUUUUUAAUACAAUUUAAUUGUACAAAGAGCAAGCUAGCUGAAACCACUGUUGCAUGUGGCAGAAGCGCAACGUUGUGGCUUGUUCUAAUCAUUUAAAGUUCAUAUAACAACCUGUACUAUUUUUAAAGAUAAGCGCUGGAAAAAUAA